AUGUUUUCCCGUCCAUGUGUAGGCGAAUCACGUGUAGAGAAACCGUUGUUGGUCGUCAUGUAUUUGCUGUAGCACAGCUUCGUGCUCGAUAUUGUUAUUUGCCUCCAGUUGUCGCUGCACUUUGUUUUGACAGCUGUUUGUUUUUUUCCCCUCAUACCUGUUACCGAAGAAUGAGCGAAAACGAUGACAUCGAAGUCGACAGCGAUGCAGACAAGCGAGCACAUCACAACGCGCUUGAGCGCAAACGCAGGGACCACAUUAAAGACAGCUUUCACGGUUUACGAGAUUCUGUGCCUUCAUUACAAGGAGAGAAGAACUCUGUCAAACAGGCUUCCCGAGCUCAGAUUCUAGACAAAGCCACCGAGUACAUCCAGUACAUGAGGCGAAAAAACCAUACCCACCAGCAGGACAUUGAUGACUUAAAGAGGCAGAAUGCACUGCUGGAGCAGCAGGUUCGUGCACUGGAGAAGGCCAAGGGGAACACUCAGCUCCAGACAAACUACUCAUCCGAUAGCAGCUUGUACACAAACCGCAAAGGGAGCGCAGUGUCCGCCUUCGACGGCGGGUCCGACUCCAGCUCCGAAUCAGAGCCAGACGAGCCGCCCAGCAGGAAGAAGCUGCGCGUGGAGCCCAGCUAGACUCGGGCCGACCCCAGUUCUUCAAACAGACUCUUUUUGCCCACCAGCCCCCCCUACCCCUCCCAACUCCUCCUACCUGUUCACACUUGGUCCUGCCUUCUAAUGCCAGUCCAUGAGACGAGGUGGAGACCGUGUGAGAGAGGUGCUGUUAUGUAUAAAAUGCUUCUGCCUUUCUUUUUCCUCCUGGCAAGCAUCCUCUCACUCUUUUUGUGGCCCAGCAGCAACUUUUAAAAACCCCAAACGUAAGGCAGCUCUGCAGUUUUGAAGGAUUUUAUGGUUUCCAAGUCUCAUGAUAACAUGAUAAUCAUGUUCACAAUAUGGAGAUUACAAGGUAUGAGGCUUUAGUAAAGCUACAUAAAACACAAUUAUCUUUUUUUUUUUUCUGUGUUGGAGUUGUGAGACUUUAUGACCUUUGACAUAGUGUACCUUUUUAAUAUUCAUACUUUUCCAGAAAAGAAUGUGAAGUUGCUUUUGACAAAAAAAAAAUGUCUGUUAUGCAAGAUGCGACACUCCUUACUCAGUGUAGGUGGCGGAAGUUUUUGUCUUUAAAAAUGUUUGUGUAAUCAAAUGAACCCCUCUAUUUAUAGUGAUGCACCAAAAUUGAUUUCUUACCCUUACGUCUGAUCUCCCUCAUGCUUGGCUUGGGAUUUGUCAAAGAACACAGGAGGAUGAACAAGUUGACCUGCUGUUUUAAUGGAUUUUUUGCAGGUUCAACUAUUUAUUUUCCUCUAUUUUUAUUAUUAUCACAUAAAAUGUGGGUAUAAAUAAAUCCCCCAAUAGAUGCUGAAUGUUACACAAUGCAGUUAAAGGGCAGUGACCUUUAUUUUUGUUUAUGGAAGUCCUUUUCAGUGUGUACUAUAUAACACUGUAUACUCUUACAUGGUGUCAGCUCUGAAAAUGAAAAGCCUUCCCUUGAAAUAUUUGCCUGUCCUGGGAAUGUUUAUCUUUCUUUGUUUUUUGUUUUUUUUUUUCCUUUUUGCAGAGUUAAAUUAGUGUGUACGUGAUCAAUAUUUGUUUGUUCCAUUCCAUGGAAAUUACAGGUAUGUUGUACAUACUGCCAAUGGUUGUCUUGCAAGUUAAGGCAUACCUUUAUUAUGAGAAUAUAAAUAAAACUAUUUUAUCCUUUUGGGAUGUA